AUGGCAUCCAAAGAUCAAAAGCUCCACUUUGUGUUGUUUCCGAUGAUGGCACAAGGUCACAUGAUCCCUAUGAUGGAUAUUGCUAAAAUAUUGGCACAACAUUCCAACGUUGUCGUUACAAUAUUAACAACUCCAAAAAAUGCCUCUCGUUUCUCAUCAAUCUUUCAACGUUUUCUGCAAUCUGGUCUACAGAUUCAUGUAAUCCAUCUCCAAUUUCCAUCCAAAGAGUCUGGAUUACCAGAAGGGUGUGAGAAUCUUGACAUGCUUACUUCACUUGGUGCUGCAUCAGAUUUCUUCAAUUCCACAAAAUUUCAACAAGAAGAAGCUGAAAAAAUAUUUGAAGAGUUAACACCGCGACCAAGUUGCAUAAUCUCUGAUAUGUGUUUACCAUAUACAAUCAACAUAGCUAGAAAAUUCAAUGUUCCAAGAGUUUCUUUUCUUGGAGCUUGUUGCUUUUUUCUCUUGUCUAUGUAUAAUUUACGUGUUUGUAAUAUGAGGCAAACCAUGGCUAAUAAUCCAAAUGAGUAUUUUGCAUUGCCUGGUUUUUCUGAAAAGUUUGAGAUAAAUAUAUCACAAUUAGAUCUAGGAUUAAUGGAUGAAGCUUGGAAGCAGUUUAGUAAAGAUAUGAUUAAAGCUGAAGUGGCUUCUUAUGGAGUAAUUGUGAAUUCCUUUGAAGAGUUAGAGUCAGCAUUUGUAAAGGAUUAUAAGAAGAUAAAAAAUGAUAAAGUUUGGUGUAUUGGUCCUGUAUCACUUAGUAACACUGAUAGCUUGGAUAAGGUUCAAAGAGGUCAUAAUGAUAAGAAUGUUUCAGUUGAUGAAUGGAUUCAUCUCAAAUGGCUUGAUUCUCAGAAGCCAGGGAGUGUAAUCUAUGCAUGUUUUGGAAGUUUAUGCAAUUUCACAUCACCACAGAUGAUAGAGCUUGGUUUAGCAUUAGAAGCAACAAAAAGACCUUUUAUUUGGGUUAUAAGAAAGAGAAACCGGUUAGAUGAAUUGAAAAAAUGGAUGGAGGAAAGUGGAUUUGAGGGUAGAAUCAAUGGUAGAGGUCUAGUAAUUGAGGGUUGGGCUCCUCAGUUGUUGAUAUUGUCACAUCCAUCAGUUGGAGGAUUCUUGACACAUUGUGGUUGGAAUUCCACUAUUGAAGCAAUAUGUGCUGGUGUGCCAAUGGUUACAUGGCCACGUUUUAACGAUCAAUUUUUUGAUGAAAUUUUGAUCGUGCAAGUAUUAAAAGUUGGUGUCAAAAUUGGAGUGAAGAAUCCAAUGAAAUGGGGUGAGGAAGAGGAAAUAAGUGUGUUGGUGAAGAAGGAAGAUAUUGAAAGAGGAAUAGAAAGGUUAAUGGAUGAGACAAGUGAAAGUGAAGAAAGAAGAAAAAGGAUUAGAGAGCUUAGUCAGACGGCUAAAAAGGCUGUAGAAAAAGGAGGGUCUUCUCACACAAAUGUUACUUUGUUGAUCCAAGAUAUCAUGAAGCAACAAUCAAACACUAAAGUUGAAGCAUGA